AUGGAGCCCUAUCAGCAAAUUAUAUUUAACCCAGCUCGAGAAGCUUUAUCAAAGUACUACGAUGAUAGGGAAGUGCUCAUACGGUUAUGUAGAGAUAUCAAUUCUAUUUCUAAGAAGGUCAUAUUUAGUGGACAUAGAAUAAAACAUGGAUGUACUGAAAGUUCCAUAAAUGACUUGUUGAAGGAAAACUUCGACAUGUUAAGUGGAAAGAUACAUAAAUUGUAUUUGGGUUUUAACGAGCAUGCACAGCUUGAUACUUUGAAAUCCACCAUAUCCAAUUCGUUGGAAGAAAUGAUAGAAGCAUUUACAUUCAUAUAUUUUUUGAUGACGGAUAGUAUAUUGCCAUUCGAAAGGUUUAUGAUGAUUGUGAAAACGAUGAUAGCGGGAUACGAGCCUUUGAAGCAAGAUAUUAUAGAUGGCCUGUUGAGCAUGCUCUUAUCCAAAAGGAGUGAUGUGGAUGUUGAGUUGAAUUUCAAUAUAAACUUCAUUACUUCUGGUGACUACUUUAUGGGGUUAUUUGAUCUAUCAGGAGAAGUCAUGCGUUAUGCAAUCUCCUACUUGAUGAAUGGAGAUAAGAUAAGCGAAAAGAGCUUGUCCUGCUUGUCGUUCAUGAAAGUACUUCAUUCACAUUUCACUGAACUUUUUGAUAUAUACCCCGAUUUAGGCACUUCCAAGGGUAUAUUCUCUAGGGGCGGACAUUCUGCAACCUCAAAAAAACUACAAGUGAUGGAACAGUCAAUAUCGAAAGUUGAGACAUUGAUAUGUGAUGUAUGUAUCAGAGAAAAAGAAUUUCAUCAGUUUUAA